AUGUCACGCUAUGUGGGAUGUAUUGAUUUGCACAAUGGUCAGGUUAAGCAAAUUGUGGGUGGAACGCUAAAAGAAAAUGAGAAUGAACUUUUAAAGACGAAUUUUGUUUGUCAACAAGACUCACCUUACUUUGCACAGCUGUAUAAAGAUAAUCAGGUUACAGGAUGUCACGUCAUCAAGCUGGGGCCAAACAAUGAUGAAGCGGCUCGUCAAGCCUUAAAAGCGACGCCUAAAUUUUUACAAGUUGGCGGUGGUAUAAAUUACGACAACUGUUUGGAGUGGUUAGAAACCGCCAGCAAAGUGAUAGUGACAAGCUGGCUUUUCGACUCUGAGGGUCACUUUCUAUUGGAGCAUCUACAAAAAAUCUCCCAGCGCUGCGGAAAAGAUAGGCUGGUGGUAGAUUUAAGUUGCAGAAAAGUGGAAUGUUCAGGUUCUCCAAAGUGGGUCGUAGCUAUGAACAAGUGGCAGAAGCUUACUGACGUGGAAUUGAGCAAGGAAACUUUCACAAGAAUGAGCGAAUACGCAGAUGAGUUUUUGAUCCACGCAGCUGACGUCGAGGGUCUGUGUCGCGGAGUAGACGAAGAGUUAGUUACCAAACUAUACGAGUGGACGGAACAUCUACCGCAUUUGAAAAUAGUCUACGCUGGCGGUGCCAGAAGCGUUCACGAUUUGGCUCUGGUAGACAAGCUAAGUCACGGGAAGGUCGAUCUCACGUACGGUAGCGCAUUGGACAUUUUCGGAGGUAAUUUAGUCACAUUUCAAGAGUGUUGCAAGUGGAAUGAAGGUAGAUAG